GGAGUCACCAGUGGGAGAAACGUCCCCUGUGACGAAAACAAGCAGAGGUUAGAGUCGGGCUCCGACUAACCCCGCCUAUUGAUCAAAGACCAUCCUCCUCCACCCUUUUGUCUUUUCUCCGCUCUGUUAAUUUCUCCGAAUGCCUCGUGGAUUUCGGACCAGCUGCGCAAACUUUUUGGCAUGCUCUCUGUCAACUUGGCGGGAUUUAUUCGCAUCGGGGAUGGAAAACUCCAGAAACAGACCAGAGCUUCACCUCAUGUGACUUAUAAGCAUCUUUACGGAAUACAUGUGGAGGUUAUUGAUAACAGCACGCGAGGUCUAAAGCCCUAAUCGCCGAACUGCAACGCCAUUACCAGAAAAUGAGCCGCGAGUCGAUGCAGACCCUCACAGAUCCAGUGUUUCUCAACAAGAUGCCCUUUUUUGAUGGAACAAUCACAUCUGCAGGACUCUCAAAACCACAAACUAUACCUGGUUUCCUGGGAAAACAAAACCCGCAGUACAAUGGAGCCUAUUUUACUUAUGAACCCUGGGUGACAGACAGUGCGGCCUUUACUCCUCCUUGGAGCAGCUCAAAGACAUCCCCGCUGGAUGACAGAAGUCCUGAGAGUCACCUUUCUGGUAUGGUGGUACAAAACCACAUGGUAUACAGGAAAGACGGCAUUUCUGCAGAGGACGGCCAAUCUCACCCUGCCUCUGCGUGUCACACCCCAGUAAAACAGGGUUUUGUGCCGUACACUAAAAGUCCAGAGAUCAACAGUCCAGUGGUUGCUUCAUCGGUAGUUAUGAGAAAACCAAAAACAGGAGGCGAGAGUUCGUCCUCUCCAUCUCAAAGCUCUGUUUACAUCGCAAUCCCUAAACCGGUUUACAGAAUGAACCCCUGCUGUAAUGAGGUGGGCUGUGCGAUGGGACAACAGUACAGUGUGGAGCACGUCUCUGCAAGGAUACCAAACUCUGUAUAUGAGCACGACUGGGUGCAAAGCAAUGGACACUACACGGAGAAACCUCCCGCCCAGAGAAAAGACACGCUGCUGAAACACAAAGAUUUACAGUUUGAGUGCCACGCAGAGCAGCUGAAGAGGCUGAAUGUGGAGGCGUACAGCCCAAAUAGAGCCAGGACGUUUCCUUCAGUGAUGGAACCAAACUACAGCAGCUUCUCCUGCACCCCAACUCACACAUUGUUUGGUGCCAUUAGAGAUCACAGGAGCCAGCCUUUACAGACUCUCCCUGGAGGCUACGCCGGCUUAUACGCUCCUCAUCCUGCGUAUGAGCAUAUGACCUCAGAGGUUUAUCAGGAAUGCUCUCCCAUGUCCAAAUAUGGCCAGCUAGCGCAGCGCCCAGUGUUUUAUUACUCCCAAGCAAACGGAGAGGUAGAAAGCAGGACACAGAGGAAGGAUAGCGGCAGUAAGCAGGGGGAGGGGACCCCUCUUCUUCAUAAACACAGAGUCUCAAGCCCACGGGAGCACUAUGUAGUGUCUCGGCCACAUCGCGCUGAAAUCCCUUUGUCGUGCACCGAAAUAUUACCAAAUCAUUCUUUUAUUCGAGAGUUUGAAUAUCCGUGUUACACACUUCCAAGGUUCCAUCUGAGUGAAAAUCAUAUCCAAGCUCCUUUAGAAAGGCAACAUUCACUGUCAGCUUUCCACCCGAGUCACAGUAACAUGGCCCAGUCCAGCCAACAUAUAGAUCACCCCAUAGCCAAGGAUAAAGCGAGCUCCAGCCUGCAUGCUGACCGGCAUCAUGGCUCCAGAGUGGACCAGAAUAGUCCCUCCAGACGUGGAAACCAGUCGGACUUGUCACCGUCCAGCAUUCAAGCUGGCAGGUUUUACCAGCCGUUCACCGGUGUGCACAUAGACGCUCCAGGCGUCCCAUCAGCCGGUGUUAUUGUGGACAGAGUCUUGGACCAGUCCUCAUGUGAGGCUCAUGUAAAACAGCCAAAGAGUCUUCCUGUUUCCCCAGCAGCCUGGCUGCACCAGUCACCCGGUCACGGUUCAGAUCGAAUCCACACAGCUGUGCCCAACAACGCAAAUGUCCGAAAAAUUAUCUACUCCCCUGUUGUUACAACGGGAAGUAAACACAAUGGCCUUGUGUCCCAUGCAGGAACCGCUGAUUAUAAAAAAUGCUUAAAGAGAAGCACUUCUCCCUCAUUUCCACCUAUGAAAAUAAAAGACGAGGACGAGGAUUCAUAUGAGGCGGAAUGCACCAACAAACGACAAAGGGUGGAAAUGGAGAACGUCAAAGAGUGGAAUAAAACAGACUCUCCCCCUAUGCCUGUUAUCAACAGUGUGUUCAGCUUGGCAUUUUACCAAUCCCAACUGCAGGAAUCGGGAAUAAAACAGCCGGAAGAAGACCCUCGGGUUUCUGAGCAGCGCGCAAACGAACUUGAUCAAAACACCAAAGAAGAGAGGCCUGAUCAACAGGAUCAGCAGCCCGUUGUCAGUCUGGUUUCUAAAGAAAUCUCAGAUCCUCCAGCAGACGAAGCUCAUUUUAAAGUUCUUAAACCUACAAGGAUUAAAUUAGAAAAAGUAGAUGAAGAUGAAUGUGAAGAAAGCCACAAUGACCACAACAGAGUAGCAAUCAAAGCAGAGCCCAAAGAGACUGAUUCAACUGAGGGUGAGCCCGUGUUGUUGAAAGAGAAGCAUAAAUCGGAUGAAGUUGAGAAUAAACUCUUACAUGCAGGUGCAAAUGCAACUUCAGGGGAGUUGAGACUUGCUGAUCUGAUGACACAAACAAACCCAUCUUCUGAGGAAAGCACGCUGCACAGACAGAUGGCCACACUUCACCCCAACGCCACGACUCCACUUCCGCUGCCUGUGAGCGAAGUCAGUUUCAAAAGCAUUCCUCCGCAUUGCCUUAAGCUGUCCACCUACAACAUCAUCGUACCAAACGGCAAACACUGCAGGACUUUCCCACACCCGCAGGAGAAGCCGUCUCCAAUGCCUGUUACCGUAGUCGCAUCAAAACAAGACCAACCACCGGUCCGCAAGCACUUUCUGGAGUUGCACCAGUCGCUCUGCAAUCUGGUGACCAAAUCUGUGUCUGCCUCUUCGGAGCGAGGCCUCAAAAACUGGUUGUCUGAGCUGGAAAUAACCGAACACAUAUCUCAGUCGGAGAAGGUCCAGAAGGUUUCCUGCUUGUUGGGAGUAAAAGCUCGCGAGGCGUGGAUCAACGAGGAGGUCAGAUCUGCCCUCUGCCAGGUCCUGGAGAGGCUGAGGGAGUACACCGCUCAUAGGCACUGUCCUUUUCCUCACGUCAUGCGGACGGGAGCCGUGUUCCUCCCCAUGCUGGUGGUGAAGGAGCUGCUGUUUCCGAUGGUCCAGAGCAGCUUCAUAGACCGGGUCCUGCAGGAGCACAAAGUGGAGCUGCGGCCCACGACGCUCUCUGAAGAGAAGAUCCUGAUCCAGCUUCAUAAACGAGCCUGCUCCUCCAGGCUCAGGAGGCUGAUGUCCCUCAAACACCUGCCGGACAUCUACGCUGAGGCGGUCAACCUGCUGUAUUACACAUGUGUCUGCAAACAUCUGGGAAUAAAUGUGGAUUCUUGUGUCAAAGAACAAGACGGGAGCGGUGAAGCUUCCGACAGCAGCGCUGCUGUGCUUUCAGACACUGCGUCCCCAGCCUUGCCGUCAGAGUUGAGCCAACAUGAGAAAUGCACGAAUGACCAGGAAACGCCCAACGAGGGACAAUUAAAACGAAGUCUGAGUCUCGUAGACAAAAACCUGUCUGAUGAGGACGAGGCAGAUGGUGUGGAGAUAGUUGAUGAAGGUUCUCCAACCGAAUCAAACGGCGAUGAGAUUAAAGAAAAUGACCACGUGGCUGCAGAGCUGGAUUUCAAAGUGGCUCCACAGGAUAAUUCAUGGACUUGUCCAUUAACGUUAGACGAGUUUGCGCCCAGUGAUACAGAAAAUGAGAACUUCUCGAGUUUGACUCCUGAUGAUCAGCCCGUAGCAUGCCAGGUCCAACCUAAGGGCUGCUCAAGCGUGAUCCUCAAGCUCAGGAAGAUGCUCGGAGGGGGGCUUAGCAGAAAAAAGGCCUGCUACCAAGCAGUGUCUGAGUCUGGGACUGUGGGCGAGACGUCGGUGCCACAAACUGAUGUAGAGGACGUGUGGAGCAACUCGAGCCUGCACAGAACACCCAAGUUAGUUCGCGGCUGGAAAGGAAAAGGGAGCUUCUCUCGUACCUUGAGGCCCCUCCGAGGCCCCUCUAAAACAAAACCCAGAUCCCUCCUGAAGAUCAAAUACUGUCCUUACUUGUCCGCCUGCCACAGCGCCGAACACAGGAGGCGCUGGGUGCUGCGCUCAGCCGUCCAGACGGCUCGUAGGGCCAUGAGGCUCUACUACCCGGACUUGGUGGGAAAGAAGAUCCGUCACCUGUAUGAGGAGGAUGACAAAUCAGAAGUGUGGUACAGAGGGGAGGUGCUGCGCAUCCACGAGGCCCACAGCAACCCUCUGAAAACCAUAUUUGAGGUCCGCUAUGAUAGCGAGCCUGAAUGGAAGUACUACCUGGAACUGAUGAUAGAUUAUAAAAAAGGCUGGCUGAAAAUCGAAGACUAGUUCCCACAUGUAGCUGUUGACAGUUUAGCCUUUUUUUUAGGUCACGUGAACAUUUGUCACUUUGAAGUGACAUCCUUUACAUGUUUUACAGGAAACUGUUGCACAUUAAAUGAAGUCAACUGUGAGUUGGUUCAAAUUUUCAUUUAACUCUAGAGAAUUGUGGUAGAAAAACCAGCAACUCCUCGCACACAUUUUUCAUAUAAAGCAGUACCUCACGUGCAUCUAUGUUUACAUGACUUAAUGUCAAGUUACUUGUUGCAAAAGUGAUUUUUUUUAGACCGUAUGUUGUUGUAAAUAAAGUUCAGCAUUAAGGUACUUUGUAUAAAGCUGCUCUUAAUGACGGAGUAUUGAAACUAAAAAAAACUCGUCACCUUUCAGCCCCAAACCACUUCACUUUUGUAAUAUUUUUUACACUGAAAUGUUUGAAUUUUCCUGGUUUUGAAUAAAUGUUUUAUACCGCU